UCUUUCCUUUUCCGAUCCCUCUUCCUACACUCUUUCUCUCUCUAGAUCCCCCAUUUUUUUGGUACUCUCAACAGACGAUAUAGAGAGAGAAUAGAGAUACAGCAAUGUCCGACGCCCUAAUUAACGGACUCGCCGGCGCCGGUGGCGGAAUCAUCGCUCAACUCAUCACUUAUCCUCUCCAAACCGUAAAUACGCGUCAACAAACCGAUAGAGAUCCGAAGAAACAGAAGAAAAAAGCGGGGACUGUUGAACAGAUGUACCAGGUUGUUCAGCAAGAAGGAUGGAGUCGAUUAUACGGUGGCUUGACGCCGUCACUGGUUGGGACUGCUUGUUCGCAGGGUGUUUACUAUUAUUUCUAUCAAAUAUUCAGGAGCAAGGCUGAAGCAGCUGCACUUAAACUUAAGAAGGAAGGAUCUGGAGAUGGAUCAGUCGGUAUGCUUUCAUCACUCAUGGUGGCUGCUAUGUCUGGGUGUGUCAAUGUGCUGCUGACAAAUCCUAUAUGGGUAGUUGUGACCCGUAUGCAGACCCACACAAAGAAAUCUCCAUCCGACGAGGUUCCGUCUAUUGUUAAAGAACAUGCGAUUGUCGGUGGCGUAGAACCACCUCCAUACGCAACUAGUAAUGCGGUUCAAGAAGUCUUCAACGAAGCUGGAAUCUUGGGAUUCUGGAAAGGCGUGUUCCCGACACUGAUUAUGGUCAGCAAUCCUUCCAUACAGUUCAUGCUGUAUGAGACCUUACUAAAGAAGCUGAAGCAGCGACGUGCUUCCAAAAAUAGUAACAAAGGCGUAACCGCUUUAGAGGUAUUUUUGCUCGGGGCGUUGGCAAAACUUGGGGCUACAGUUGUAACUUAUCCUCUUUUAGUUGUAAAGUCUAGACUUCAAGCAAAACAAGCAGUCGGGGUAGACAAAAGUCAUCAUUAUAAAGGCACGUUGGAUGCAAUUCUAAAGAUGAUACACUAUGAAGGUCUCCAUGGCUUCUACAAAGGGAUGAGCACAAAGAUCGUUCAAAGUGUUCUUGCGGCAGCGGUUUUGUUCAUGGUGAAGGAAGAACUUGUGAACGGAGCUCGGUGGUUGCUACUGAAGGAUGCAGCUAACGUCGUUAAGUCUAAGCCGACAUAACUUGUGUCAAAAUUAUAGGUAUAUGCAGCUUUGGAAAAAUGGGUUUAUUGAAAGAAAUAGUAACCAAUUAGUGAUCAUUGUUAUGUUUGAAGUUAUAUGGUGUAUUGUGUUAGUGGAUAAGGUAUAAGACAUUGAAAGGUGUUGGUUUAUUUAUGUAUAAACUAUUAAACUGUCAUGAUAUUGUGAGGAGAAUCUUGUAGCAGCCUCAUGUUUCUUAUCCUUAUGAUUUUUUGUCCA